GUUGAAUGAAUCUGAAUCUAAGUGAGAAAAAGUGGCUUCUCAAUGGAAGAAUUAGUCACGUCACAUUUGGUGGACCAUUUGGUGGUGUACGGAUUGCAGUAUCUUCUGCUCUGUUUGUUUUUCUGGUCUGAGCUGGCGUACGUGAAGCAGAAUGUAUCCGAUGGAUCAACCAGACGUUCCGCUUAUAGUAUACUAUCGGUAUUGCUAGUACUCUUUACACUGCUCUCUGUCAUUCUGGCGGCUUACCGCUUGGUCGUCGACUCUGUGGCGGUGUUGAGAGAUGGAAUGGAGGCUAUUUCUAUGGUAGCCGUGCUCUGCCUGCAGAUUUAUUCAUCCCGCCGUAAUGUGGAUCACGUUUAUCUGUUUACCUUUUGGACGCUUCGGUUGCUUGCCCUCUCGAUCGACUUCGCGUUCGAUCGUGCGGAUGUGUACGAUGUGGUGCAUCUUAUGCUCGCCGUGUCCUGGCUGUGCCUAUGCGGCGUUCGAUCGCUGCGAAAUGAUGCACUCCAUUCCAGCACUAGCUCCACUAUACCACGUGAGCCGAAUCUACUCCGAAGCUUAUUCUUUUCCUGGUUGGAUGAGACCUACCGGGAAGCGCAUAGGGGUAGUGAAACGUUUCACGAGGGUAAGCUGUUUGGCACGCUGCAGGAAGAUCGCCGAUGUGAAUCACUGUUGGAGCUGUACGAGAAGGCUCACGCAAACCGUGGCUACACUGCGGUGGACGAUGGUAGUGGACAGACGCAGCGGGAAAACCAUCGAUUUACCAUCCGUCGGCUACUAGCCCCGUUCUGGCAUGACAUCAUACUAACCGGGUUGAAUCGGUUUGCACUGAUCGUGUUUUACUUUCUCUGCCCGUAUCUCUUACGGGUUCUACUUGAAGAAAACCAAUCUCGAAUGUAUCAGAAGUGGAUUGUGACGGCACUGUUUGAUGCAUCGAUUAUGAUUGCUCUGCUUAACACGCAGUACCAGCACGCCACACAAGACAUAGGGUUACGCAUCAAGUCCAUCCUGAUGGGUACAAUCUACCGUAGCAUUCUGGCUCAAGCUUCCACCACAAACACAUCAAGCGCUACGUUAACGACCGACACGCUGGUGUUUGUGCCCUUCGUGCAGGAUAUACACAUGAUGUGGUCCGGUCCGCUGAUCAUUAUCGUUACAUUCGCUGCGCUUUGGGUGUGCGUUAUAGGACCGAGUUGUCUCGUAGGUCUAGCUAUAAUGAUAGUCAUGAUCUUCAUCACCAGACUGCUAGCGCAAAAGAUCUCCCGCCAGGAGGAAAACAUUAAACGCUGCAAGGAUAACCGUGUACGGCUAACAACCAAUUCGAUCGAGCAGGUGCAACAGAUCAAGUCCGAUCUGUUGGAAGAGUUUUUCGAGCAGCAGAUCGGGGUUCAUCGGACGGAAGAGAUGCGCCAUAUGCGUACCUUCAUAUGGUACGAUGCAUUGAAAUACAUGCUCAGCAUCGUUACACCGACGGUCGUUGCUUGCGUCACGUUUUUGUUCAUGUAUCUCAACGGUAGCGGAUCGUUGCUGACCGUACAGUCGAUGUUUGUGGCGAUCGCACUGUUUAACAUUACGCGCUAUCCCAUGUCGGUGAUACCGAACGUGAUGACGAACUGGACAAUCGCUAACGAGAAGCUUGCCGGUAUCAAUGCGAUGGUGUGCGAUGAACGAAAGGACGAGCCGAAUGUAAAGAUGCAAAAGAGCACAGUAAAGAAUGGAGCGUACAGAGGUAGUCUCGAGAAAAUGCAAGACGCAGCGCAUACGUUCGUUGACUCUAUCACGGAAGAUUCGGCCAAGGCAGACUUACUAAAGUACGAUCGGGCACAGUUUUCGAUUGCUAAUAAAGUGAUCUUACGCGAUAUCAACAUGAAGGUACGGGCGGGUACCUUUACCGGUGUAAGCGGUACUCAUGGUUCCGGCAAGACGACACUCUUGCGUGCGAUGAUCGGGACGGUACAUAGAACAGCGGGAACAGCCACCAUCACGUGGGAUCGCGUGUCUUACUGCCCACAAACACCUUGGAUCCACAGUGGCACCAUCCGGAGUAAUAUCCUGUUCGGUCAGGAGUACGAGCAGUCUCGUUACGAGGAGGUGAUACGUGCUUGCUGUCUGGAGGAUGAUCUUAAGACAUUCCCCAACUAUGACGAGCGUAUCGUAAGUGAAGGUGGACACUCACUGUCAGGUGGACAGGCGCGAAGAGUUUCGCUGGCCCGUGCCGUUUAUCGACGUGCCGACAUAUAUCUUUUCGAUGAUGCACUCCGCUCACUCGAUCCCAACGUGUCCCGUAAGGUGUUUGAUAAUGUGUUUCAUCGUACGAGUGGUUUGCUGGCAGAAUGUUCCUGUGUGUUUAUAUCACACGAUCCCGACCAUCUAGCCGUAGCCGAUACAGUAUUGGUAAUGUCCGAAGGUACCAUCGAUAAGGUACUCACACCUGCCGAAAUGAGUGAUCAAAUUGUUCAGCAAAUUGCCGAAGAAAAUGAAGAGGAGUGCGAUCAGAAACUAGUGACAGCAAUGAAUCUGAAGCGAAAUACAAAGCGUUCCAGGAAUCCUCACGCAAAGCCCAAUGAGAAUACCCGGGGUAAUGUGUCACUGGAACUGUACAUAAACUUUAUACGCUUACUCAAACCACUAUACUGCAUCGUGGUAGUGGCGCUGGAAGGAGUAACCAUCUCGAUGGAUAUCUUCAUCACUACUCUGCUGGCAGGAUGGGCUUCAAGUGACAAAAGGACGAACGGAGAUUUGUGCAAGAGCUCUUGGGUCAUGUGUGUCUGGAUAUUGGCGGUGUUCUGCAAGACAGUGUUACUUCAGUGGGGAGGUUUACAACUGUCGAAAUUCGUCCAUUCUCGCAUGCUUUCCACUGUUCUGCGCCAACCAAUGGAGUUCUUCGAUCGUAAUGAUUCCGGCGUGAUUGUGAACCGCUUUUCGAACGAUCUGAACAUAGUCGACGCCAAGAUCAUCACGAACCUGCGCUCGGUGCUGAGCGCCUCGUUUAGUGUGCUUGGAACGCUAGUACUGUUUGUCUGCAAGCUGUACAGCAAGGUUCUGUUGUUUGCCGUGGCAUUUGCGGUUGCCGUCUUGUUAGUUUUCGGUCUGAGGCGUUUACUAAGCUAUCACUUGCAGGUGGCACGUACUUUGAAGCGGUUGGAGGCAAGCUCACGAUCACCGAUCAUACUGCAGUACAAUGAAACGCUGCAGGGCAUUGAUACAAUCAAAGCGUACGAUGCGGAGGAACGAUUUCUUCGACAGUUUCUGGAACGGAUCGAUACGCAUCAGAACUACAUUUACCACAACAAUUCCGCCAACCGUUGGAUAGGUAUUCGGCUAGAGUUCAUCGGUGCGAUGGUCAUUUACUUUGUGGCACUGCUUAUCGUCAGCAAUCAGUCGAUGGUUGGGUUGGCUUUUGUAGGUAUUAUCAUCAGCUACGUGCUCCGCUUAAUUCCCUCGCUCAACGGCCUUCUGUUGGCGGUUGGCGCACUGGAGGAGAACAUCAUAUCAUUCGAGCGUGUUACACAGUAUUUGGAUUUGCCACGCGAAACGCAUCAGGAGUCAGGAGUCGACUAUCCGAUCAUGGAAGAGGAAAAAGUACCGGUCCGGGGACCAAUUGAAUAUCGUGACGUCUCGCUAACCCAUGCUGAUGGAUCCACAGUGCUCCACAACAUCACGCUCACGAUCGCGGCCGGUGAAAUGUUGGGUAUCGUAGGUCGAACUGGAUCUGGGAAAUCGAGCUUCAUUGGAACAUUGUUUCGAUUUUACCCGAAGCAAACAUCAGGAACUAUUCUCAUUGCUGACGUAGGGUUGGCGGACAUAUCGUUGAAGAAGUUGCGCAGUGAACUGACACUCGUCCCCCAAAGUACAAGCUUGUUUUCAGGGCUCGUGCAGAACUUCAUAGACCCAUGGGAGACGCAUACGAACGACCAGUUAAACACCAGUCUGCGUGAGUGUGAGCUGGGAAAUGUCAACUUAGGUGCAACACUCCAGGAACUUUCCGUUGGCCAGCGUCAACUUCUGUGCCUGGUGCGCGGUCUGUUGCGUAAGAAACCGAUCAUCAUACUGGACGAAGCUACCUCAGCGCUCGAUGAAAACACGGAGGAUCUCAUACUGAAGGUGCUUCAAGAACGGUUUCACGAUCGUACCGUUCUGAUGAUUGCCCAUCAUCUUAACACAGUGCGAAGCUGUGAUCGUAUAUUGUGGAUGCAGGAUGGACGUGUGCGUAAAAUUGGACCGCUGCAGGAUUAUUCGGCGGAGGAGCGGAUCGAGCUAGGAUUCCGUGAUUAGUACUUAAAAGUAACGCUGUGUGAUAAUUAGCUGACAUCCAGUAUACAUUCUGCAUUCAUUAUUUAUCCAUUUUAGCUCCCAAAAUUCAUAUACAUUCUAACGCUAUUUAUGAGUGUAUUUUACACGAAGCAACGAUGUACUUAACGUGCCUAAGAGAAUAUAAUAGUAA